CUUCACAUUGCUUCGCCUCUCUCUUCAGAGAAAACUAAAAACGCCAUCUAUCAGUUACUCUACAUAUGAAUCAGAAGUUUACCUUCAAAACCUAAACUCGUCUCAACCUUACUACCACAAACCUUCCAUAUCUCUCGGUUCCUUAGGGUUUGAUUGAAAAACUUCUCAGUCAGAGAGCAUGCGCUGGUUCCUCAAACAAUGCACCAAGUUCUGGUGGCAUCACAUUUGCAAGUAGAAGCAGCAAGUGUUCUUCAAGCUUCAGAAAUAGAAGAUCCUGUUGUAGCUGAAAAUAAGAAUCUAAGCUCAAGUGAUGCUGGUUUAAAAGUUAAUGACCAGGAUGAUGGUCCUGAAGAGCUUUUUGUUCUUGAGGGUUUUGGUGGUGGUACAUUACUGGUUGGCAUCUUGCGCGAUAAUAAAACAGCUGUAGCAGGCUGUGAUGGCAGGUCUUACCAACAGGACAUUACCGAUAUGCUAGAUGUUCAAAUUGUCAAGGAAACUGUUGCUGAUGGAGUUUUCAACAGUCCAGUCUUUGAGAAAACCACCAUUAAGUACGAUAUUGAGCCUCAUUUUACUCUCUUUCAUGCUGGAAUACAAGCUGGGAAUGAAAACGUGUUAGCUACUUUAAGGAACACAGCACUCUCCAUGGUAUAUGUCGGUUUGCCAGUGAAUGUACUUGAUCUCGCUAGUUCUCUCCAUUCAUAUUUGGUUCAGAACCCGGAUCGGAUUCCAGGCAUUGGCUCUUAUGGCCCUUUACGAAGUUUGUAAGAGAGAGCGCUAUGUCGGUGGAGACUUGACUGUAACAUACUAAGAUAAUGAUUGUACGCUGUUAUCAUAUUUCGCUUGGAACGAGCGGGUUUACAAUCGGAAAUAUGGAGGUUCCCGCAAAGGGGUUUCUCGUGGAUAUAUUGGGAGGAAGAAAGGUUAAAGGAGCUUUUAGCUCCGGAGAUGUUUGAAGCUUGCACAGCAGACUAUAUGACAUGAAGGCGAUUAUUGGCCUUAAAAUUUUGUGGAGGUGGCGACAGCUGUUGCAGUGGCGGUAUCAGUGAUUUUCUGUCCUUUUCUUUUGCACAUAUACGAAUUGAAAAUAUGUUUAUGGUAUGAAGGCAAUUAUUCUCUUAGAGCAACCACAGUGGACGAUCAAACCUAUAAUUAUGGUCCAGAGACGAGACACAGCGGGACGGAGUAAAGACUAAAAUCCGGACCAAGACCAAAUUCCAGACUAUAUUUGGUCGGGGACCAAGACCAAAACUAUAUAUAGUCGAGCGGACGUAUAAUGUUCGUUUGUCACCGGGUGUGUAUAUAAUGUGAUCUUGUUGAUGGGGCGGGCAUAUAAUGUGAUCUCGGUGAUGGGCGGGCAUAUAAUGUGAUCCGGAGUGAGGCGGGCAUAUAAAGUUCGCCUGAUGGCUGAUGGGGCGUGCAUAUAAUGUGGUCCUGGUGAUGGGGCGGGCAUAUAAUUCGAUCCUAGUGUAUACUUUUUUUUAAGUGACCAAAUUUACUCUUCCACCCUAGUGUAACACCACGGACUAAACUUAAAUUUGAUCGUUUUUUUUUUUGGGUCUAUGGUUUUGAUCGCACCAUUGCAGUUGCUCUUAGGGCCUUAAAAUUUUGUGGAGGUGGCGACAUCAGUGAUUUUCUGUCUUUUUCUUUUGCACAUACGAAUUAAAAAUAUGUUUAUAGU